GUUCCUGGUUAUAUUUAUGUUCGGUGGAAUGGAGCAAAACUAGCAUCAUUACCUUACACAUUUAACGAUAAACAGCAAUGUCGUUUAAUUAAUGGUUUUGUUAUGAAACAAGUACAUGUCAAUUCAUUUAAAGAUGAACCAACUAUAACGGAUAGUAAAACAUCAACGGAUAAAGUUAGUGUUGAAUAUAGGAGUGGUACUGAUUUUAAUCAUCCUUAUCUGAAUGGUGUAACAAUUAAACAAAAUUUGGAAUUUAUAGAAACGUUACGACAACAAUCAAAUUAUAAAGAACAUAUACAUAAAUUACAAGAAAAUUUUAAAAAUAUGUAUUCUAGUAUACAAUAUGGUCCAUAUACAGAACCAAUUAUUUCGGUUAUACAAAAACAUAUGCCAUAUGUCGCACCAAUAAUGAAUAUGCAAAUGGGUCCAAGAAUUUAUAAUUUAAUAGCACCCGUAUUUGAUAUUCGUUUAACAAAUGGUGUACACUAA